AUGUUCAAGGUUGACAAGGCCUUGUUUCUCGAUGCUGCAAAGGGAAUCCUCUGGACAAUCUUGUUCCAAAGAAUGUUUGGUACCAUCUUUCCACAAACCAAAGAGUUCUUGGAAGUCUCUUACCCAUGGUGCGACUUACCGGAAUUGAAUGAUUUAAUUGAUACCAAGCUCCGAAGGAUUUGCAAUUCUUUAGAAAAUUAUUUUGAAAUAUCAAGCUUGAGCAGCGAUUCAUCGUACGAGUCUCUAGAUAUUGAAGGGUCAUUGACAUAUAAUAAUGAAAAUAAUAAUCCCAGCGGCUCCGAAAUCAAUAAUAAUUCCAGUAACAAUGUGAGUGGUUUCAAUUCUUCUCAAGAAGAAGAACAAGAAGAACACCAGAAGAUACGACAGUACCUGAUUAUUAUCAAGUUCUUUGAACCACAGAACAUAAGCUCACAACAACGACAGCCAAGACAACCACAACAGAAACAGAAUACUGCUGGCAAUGAUAUUACUACUCUCAUUACACCUUACAAAAAUAGAGAACCCUACACAUCGAAAACCCCUAAAUUAAAAUUAAUACCUAAAUUCCCUUACUCCUUAACCACACCCGCUACGAACAACAGGCCAAUGUCUCCAAUUCAUGAGACCACCCAUCCGGAACCACUGUCAUAUAGCAAAUAUUGGGAAUCAUGGACCAUUAAUUUUCAAAUAUCCGAUCACAAGAUCACCGAUGAUGAUGAUGAUGAACUGAAUAGACACAAUAAAACUGAGUAUUUGAAUGUUGUGCGAAGUCAGUUCAAGUCUGUGUUAUUUAGGAUUGUUCAGUACUCCACUGUUGAAUUAGACAGUAUCCCUCCAAUUUAUUCAACAUCAUAUGCUCCACACCCCUUUGAUAUCAUAGUUGUUUCUAACAAUCCACGUCAUCGCACAAAAUCCCAUGAAACACACUCCAAACAAAAACAGAAUAUCAUAAAAAAUAAUAUCUCUGACUGGGGAUUCUAUUUGAAAAGAUUGUUUCCUGAACAUUGA